AUGGCCAAGGCACCUUCUCCACUUGUUUUCCCCAUCAUCUUCCUUAUUAUCUUUGCUUUAGUUGAGCCAAAUAUGGGGUGCAUUCAAAUUAUUGGCAGAUGCAUUAAGAUUCCAGACUGCAGUGCGUCAUGUAGGAAAUUCCUUGGGCCACAUGCAAGUGGCUACUGUGACAACGAUGGUGCUGGUGGAACAUGUAUUUGUACUUACCCCUGUCAGACUAAGGAAAUACAUAUGUGAUUUCUGAAGUACUUUGAAAUAUCAAAUUCUCCAAAUUAUACAAGUAAAAGUCAAAAUUCAAAUAAUGUCAAGAUCGUAGGUAUUACCUUUUUUUUUGUAAUAUUAUUAAAAGACAUAUU